AGUUUUGAAAUGAUACCAUAGCGUGUAAAAUGUUAUGUGCGGGGUAACGCGUUCAGUGCGCCAUACAACGAUUAUAUCGGUGGUCGGAUCGCGGAUUACGUGCGAGCUAAAAUUGCGCAACUGUAUCUACCUGUCCGAACUCAGCAUGGGGAAGGAUAAAAGAACAAAGAAGUUUGCUACAAUGAAACGCAUGAUAUCGCUCAGAGAUUCAAGAAUAAAAGAAAAGGACAGAGAGAAGAAGGAAAAACCUAAAUGGAAGGUGGAGAAGGAAAAGGCACAUCAAGUGAAAAUAAGAGAGGUUCCUCAAUAUUCCUCUGCAUUGUUCUUCAAGUACAACACACAACUCGGUCCUCCUUAUUACGUCAUCGUUGAUACCAACUUUGUCAACUUCUCUAUCAAGAAUAAGAUAGACCUUGUGCAAGGCAUGAUGGAUUGUCUAUAUGCUAAAUGCAUACCAUGCAUUACAGACUGCGUGAUGGCCGAGAUUGAAAAGCUUGGGAAGAAGUAUAAUGUAGCUCUAAGAACAGUUAGAGAUCCAAGGAUAGAACGGCUCCCAUGCAUGCACACUGGGACGUAUGCUGAUGACUGUAUUGUGCAAAGAGUUACACAGCAUAAAUGUUAUAUCGUGGCUACUUGUGACCGAGAUUUGAAGAGGAGAAUAAGGAAGAUUCCAGGAGUGCCCAUCAUGUAUCUAUCUCAGCAUAGAUAUACAAUCGAGAGAAUGCCAGAUGCUUUCGGUGCUCCUCGUGUAUGAUCAGCGAAUGGUGAUUAGUCUUUUAUUCAAGACAUGAACAAAGCUCAAGCUAUGUCUAUCACCAUUGGACAAUAGACCUGUAUGGUGAUUAGCUUUUUAUUCCAUACUCAGCGAUCUCAACUGACUCUCAAUCCAUGAAAGCCGACAAUGGUGACAUUUUGAAGAUCUGCUCUGCAUAUUACCAAUGGACAAUCGACCUGUGUUGACCUUGUGUGAGGUAUACUAUACUAGCAUCCACUGCCUCUGCUUCACUGAUCAUGAAUUAUAUUCCAAGGACAACUUGAGUGCAUCCUGUCAAGAUUAAAAUUGGAUCACUGAUGUCAGAGGCCCUUAUUCUGAAGACCGCUAUAACUUAGACUGCGGUCUAAUUCUGUUCUUAUCAUAUGGGAAGCGAAGAAUAUUAUUUCAAAAAAGUAUUUCAGUUGUAUGUUUCUAAUAUUUAUUGUGUUCUUUUCCAAGCUUUCAUGAUAAUGAAAACUAUAUUCUUCAUCAUUCCCAAACAGUUGUCAACUGAAUGCACUGUCAAGUUGAAUCUUUACUGUUUCAGAUUUCAAACACAUCAUUCGUGAUAGUUUUUACCUGAUUAUCCCAGGAUAUUUUGGAAAAGUGAACCCCAGGGUAUUGACUCUGGGGAGCAUUUCAUCAAUAUUUUCAUCCGACAAGUUGUCAGAUCUGACAUCUUUCCAUGAUUUUGAUUGGCUGAGAGGCACUGUUCCUAUGGUAACUGUCGGAUAAACUGGGACUUGUCGGAUAAAAUGUCCGACAAGUCCUUUCAUGAAACGCUCCCCUGGUUGACAGCCUGUAGAUGAACUCCCAAAAGAUGAUAGGUGAUUUAUUUAUUUUACAUUAAUUUUCCUUUUCCCCUAUUCUUUCCCUAGACGAUAUCUUUUUUCAUUCUCACUUGCAUUGAUAACCUUACACUUAUCGUAUAGAUAUUUUGCAUUUCUACAAUUCUUUGUAAGUGCGGCUAAAUAUUAAUGUUUACAUAUACCAGUAAUGAUUAAGGAAAUGAAAUCAUCUGGCUUGGAAUAAAAUGUCCAUUGUUAAGUGAAAGAAAAGGCAGAAUAUGUAACACCUUAUUUUCUGAAAAAUAUUGAUGAUUUAAGUAUAAAUUUUCAAAUAUUGCUGAUAGAAGAACUGUCACAUUGGUCUUCAUUUCCCUUAUGCCUUGUUUACUGGUUCUAAAAUCAAUCUUUGAUUUGCUUUUAUUUCUAUUGUAAUCAAGGAAAGACCUAUUUGUAAAUAAAAAAUGAUAUGUAUUGUUUAUUUACAUCAUUAAA